UCUAAUGUUUCAUACCUUUACAAAUUUGAAUACACCUUCAUUCUUGAGUCGCUAAUAAUUUUCAUUACCUAUUUUGCUGUGGCCGAAAAUUAUACAAUAAAAGCACAGUGCUUCAUGCUUAUUUGUGUCUAAUAUUUCAUAUUUCGAAGCUAAAUUCAUUUCAUUACAGGACGAUCUCUUUUACUCUUAUCAUGUCUUUUUCUCAGCGUAUGCUUAAGUUCAUGCACAUUACUUCAACAAAACCGCACCACUCCGGUACUACAACACAAAACAAGUCACUAUUAUCUUCAGCAGUUGCUACCGUUGUAAAUCAACAACAAAUGAGUGCUUUUUUUCCUAUGCACCACCUCAGGCAGCACAAUUAUAUCAUCAAGACAUGUAUGACAACAUACACAUAUUUGACGACAAUAGUACAAAACAAGAGAAGUGCUAUAUCUACUUUUGAAACUAUUGUAUCCGUGGUCACUACGGAAUCGUUAACAAACCUUUAUGCAACAGACGUUUUGGCUGAAUUAAAGCCGACGAAAACCAAAUACAUGGAAGUGAAAACAAUACAACCAACAGAAGCAAAUAAUAUUUACCUGAAUAAUCUUGGAAAAAUCGAUAAACGUAUAGAUCAUGACGAUGAUAGUAUGUUUGAUUUGAUACAACCAUCAGAAGUCAAUCAUGUUUCUUGUACUACAACUUCGUGUUCUUGUAGUCAUACUAAAACUGAAGGUCUACAAUCAAAAUACACAAAUAGGAGAGACUCAGAAGUACCGUCUGACAAGCAUGCAAUAAAAACGACGAAAAGAGAUGUGCCUAAAGUUGAUAUUAAAACCACAAACAAGGAAACUCUAUCUAUGAAAACAAAAUAUCGACCGUACAACUAUGAAGUAAAUACUCCAAUUACACCGACUGAUAGAAUAGUGGAAAAAUAUACAGAGGUAAUAAGUGAUUAUUCAGAUGAAAAAGAUAAUAGUCCUUUAGAAGCAAGUGAUCUUCUGACGAAUGAACAAGCCCCAGGUCCAGUAAAAACUAACAAAACUUCAAAUAAUAAAACUCCAGAAAAAGCAAAGCCGGAAAGGCCUCAGAAAGUAAACAAAAACAAACUGGUUGUUGCUGAACUAAUAAAACUAGGUUCUUUAGGUAUCAAAGGAUUAUCACAACUAGCUCCUGUUUUUGAAAAGAUGACAGGUAGUUUUAUGAAACGACAAGAGGUAAAUCAGACUACAACUUCAACAACAGAAAAGCCGGUUACCAAAUUAACUCCAUACGCUGCAGACAAAAGAGUUGAUAGUGAAGAAACAAAACAUGGAAACUUUCCAAUUUAUAUACCAGUCGACGAAAUGGAAACCGCAGAAUCACAGGCAUCAUUCAGUAAUGUAUCAUUUCACAAAAACUAUCCAUGGGCUUUUGACCACAAACAUUCAAAAGGUCAUUAUAUCGUUCCACCCAAAAUUGUUCAAGAAAGUCCUUUAGUGAAUGGUGGAAUACCUAUAAGUCCCGGUGAAAUAAUUCGCGCAAAUUCCGAUGUAAUCGUUGGGAAACCUGCUGUUGGAGGGCCGUUAACAUUAGCUGCCAGCGGAAUAAAGUUCCAUAACCCCGUAAACCGACCUCCUGUGGAUAGUUAUAUGGCUGAUAGUGAACAAUAUCCUGUUAAUGAACAAUACCCUCUCAGUCUUCCGCAGAAUAAGAAGAAAAACGUAGCACAUGUAGACGAUUCAUUUGAUUUGAGGCCUCCUGAACCACCUAAAACAUAUUCGAAACCAUUCAAAAAUGGAUUAAGGCCUUCACCCUCUCCGUCCUAUUCAAAUCAAAAUUCCGGUGGCAAAGUGAUGGGCCCCAAGGAUCAAUCUAAUAAAGUAAAUGCCGGUGAUGUUCACAAAGAUCAUGGGCGACCAGUAUUUUUAGAUUAUAUUCCAUCGUUGGCUAAGCCAUCAAGCACUAAUAUACCUCUAGAACAUCAUAUUGAAUUCCGACCGGUUGAAGAAAAUCGCGAUGGAUACGAAGUUAUGGACAGCAGUCCAAGUUCUUCUGAAAUAGUUAGCAGCAAAAUUGAAGCCACCGAUGAAGAUAUAUCUGAUUCUUCAGAUGCUCUUAACAAGCCUUUCUUAGUCGAUAUUCAACCGUCGAGGGUUGCUAAUGUAUUAAUUCCACAUGGAAGUUCAACCGCGCUGGUUUUCGCUGGAUCUUCUGAACCUCAUAAAACUGGUGAUUAUAUAGACGAUCCUUUGCCAUAUCCUGAACCAGGAUACUUUGGAAGUUUUAGUAUUGAUGCACCACAAAUGACAAACGUACAUAGCGUAAAUCCUAACAAAGGCCAAUUAUUGAAAAAACCUAAUAUAAAUUCACCUUCAGAUCAUCAAUAUGAUAACCGAAAUGUACAAUUCAAUGAAAAGGAAUCCGAAACAAAUAAUAAUAUUAGAUUGAAAUGGGAAAAUAAUCAACGUUUUAAUUCCAAAAACAUACCUCCACCCAUGAGUAUACAGGAGUCACACGUAAGAAUUGGACCACAAAUUACUGUAUAUAAACCAGAGAAUUAUAACGGAGACUUUGAGAAGUACAAACAAAAUAAAAAACCGUUAAAAUCUAAGGAUGGUAAGGAAAUAAUCGAUCGAGAGUACGAAAACUACUUAGCAGUUCCUCCUCCACCUCUAAAACAACAAUACCAGGAUAAUCAUCACUCUAAAAAUAAACCUUAUAACCAAAGACCGAUAGUUCACAAUAAGCCAGUUCAAGAUAUGAAAGUAUUUUUGAACGUACAACAUCCGGUUCCAGAACAAUUACCUCCUAAGAUUACGUCUGAAAUAUAUUUUGCGUCACAACCUCAUAAAAAUAUUCAAAAUCCUACUUUUACUGUUCACGUACCCAAACUAUCAUCUGCAAAUGAUGCGCAAAAUAAUAAUCAUGUAAGUUACCAACCAUAUAGGCCAAACAAUUUUGAAAGCAAUUCCUUUUCGGUUAUUACAUCACCGAACAUUGCAAAUAAAUCUAUCACUACUAAUAUUAAUAAUGACAAUACAUUCAGUGUCACACUAAAUACUGCCACUGGGGUAAAAAGUCAUGGAGGUUCUAGUCAUACCAUCGGCACAAGUAUAACGGUACCUUUAAGUGCAUCUGAGCACAACGGCGAAAUAAAUGCUAACAUUCCAAUUGGUACCAAUUUUGCAAUUAGAGUUGAAGAUGAUCCUUCUAAAUAUGAUACUGUUGCUUUGAACGGUAAACGAGAUCCCAGUUUAAUGAUAUAUGACAAAACUAUUAAAAACAAUAUUAACAAUACUUCUUAUAAAAUAUCUUCGAAUGAACCUAAUGUAACGAAAAAUAAUGUUCUUGUACAUAAAAACAAUAAAGAUGUGAUUGAAUCAGCACCACCUUCUAUUAAUAGCCACGCUAAUUUCCCAAUGAUAAAUGAUAAAAUUUAUAAGACUAACAAUAAGGAGAAACCAGUAACAGAAAUAAUUGAUGAUAUGGAGUCGCAUGAGCAGAGACGUCCAGGAAAGAUUAUUUCUCAUAUACCAACUAAUUCUCAUGGUUGGUAUUCUAGUGUGCUUAAUGAAGGUAAUUUGAAGCAUAUUAACAACAUUAAGGUUGAAGGAACGACUAGAAAAGUGAUACCUUUAACGUAUGAGUUUGAUAAAGACCGUGUACAAGAUUUUGGCCUUAAGAUAACAACCGUAGGUAAACCUCCUACCGACUUUUUGGACACAGGUGCAAGGCCUUCACCCAAUAAGUUUAACAUUGGUAGGCCAUUUUCAAAGCAAAAAGAUUCAGACAAACCUGCAUCCACGUUUACAAUCAAACCUAGUUAUAUACCAUCUAUUUACGUUUCAAAUCAACCUGUUUAUAAUAUACCAAUCGUUGAUAACUCGGAUGAAGUACGUAAUAAACCAACAGAAAAUGUGAAACCUGUAUACGAAACUUCAGAGGAAAUUUUCGAUGGCAAAGAAGGCAUUGAGGAAUCUGAUGAAGAAAUGUCGGGAGAGGUCAGUUCAGAAUCAAUGAAAAUUCCGAUAAUCACUUCAUCGAGUGAAAAUAAUACCGUCUCAAAAUCUACGAAUGAAAUUGUACCGCCGGUAAAUAAGGAUAAGGUGGAUCUUGUUAAAUUUAACCCCGGUACUCAAACAGAAAAGCCAUUCAGAUCUACUAAUAAGACAACGUUCCACUCUAAUAAUAUGAAUCCGAUAUUCAAUAAUAAUCCUUACAUGAAACCCAGACCUUUUACUGUAAAUAACGCAAUACCACUUGACCAUCAGUUACAACAACCGCACUGGCAGAUUAAUGAAAUGAUGGAAAAUAGUACAAAUGCAUCAUAUGAAGACAGUUUUGAACUGAAUACAGGAGAAAAGAUGAAUGACAAACAUUUGAAUAAAUCGAUGGGUUCCGUCAAUGAGACUAAUGUUCAUAUCUAUGAAAAACAAAAUGACUCUAAUAUUAUAACGUCUACAAUUCACAUAAAAGAUAAGAAACCAUUAUUAAUAAAGAUUCCAGAUAGAUCUACUUUGCCUACUUUUACAAUAAAUACGGAUGACGUGAAUAAUGCAACGGUAAGUGACAUAAUUGAUUUGUCACCACCUCCUCAAAGAACAGAUUAUAAUGUACGACCUUUACAACAUAACGAUUUAAUUAUGGGUAUGAGUCCACCACCACCGGCUACCGUCUCGAUUAAUAGACAUCCUACAAGAGCUCCUCAGACCGCUAGACCUGUUCCUGUUCGAACACCCCCACCUUAUAGAAAUGUACCACCGAGAACGUUGCCACCAAGACCUAACGCUCAACGGCCAGUUAAGAAACCAGCAAUUCUCAACGAUGAUGUAUCUACUUAUAGGCCCACAAAUGAUAUGUUUAAUAAAUACAAACGUCCUUACUUUAAUCGUGACCAACCGUCAUCUACGUUAUUGCCUCCUCCUCGUGAACUUCCAACAGCAGUUCCUUCAUUUAAUUCAGAACCUGCUGCUACACUUGCGGCAUCUUCUGUGUCAAAUGUUAUUUUCCCGACACCUACCUCAUCAGGAUGGUUAACCUCUUCGGGAGUAGAAUUUUCGUCUAGUUUUAAAUUUAAUCCCACAUCUGUUCAAUAUCCGGAAAUAAUAACAUCGUCUAAAUCAGACUCUGACUUGAUCUCUUCAGAUACAUCCGCUGAAAAUUCCUAUUCUUAUGAAGAUGAGUCUAGUCAAUCUAAAUAUGAUAGUUCAGAAAAUCCUGUGACCGAAAAGAGAUAUCCUAAUGCACCAUCCGAUGAUGAGCCUAUGACACAAUCUAGUGAAGUCAACAAUAAUACAGCUAAUAAUUCAUCAUCAUAUGAAUCAAGCCAAGAAGAUAGUACAACAGAUAAAAUUAAGAUAACAUCAAUUAUGGGUUCACGAAAUAGAACACGUAAGCCAUACCCGAUUCGAUCUGAUGAUAGAAAAACAAAUAAAUAUAAACCUUCAUCUAAAUCAAGCGUUAUUGCACCGACCAGGACAUUAUCGAGACCAGAAGUAUUAUAUCCUACUAGACAAGUUUCCAUUAAGAAAAUUAUAAGGCCAGGUGUAAGCCGUUACCCCAAUACCCAACAAUUCCAUAUGAUAGAAAGUUCAGAAGCACCGCUCGAGGAAGAUUUUAUAAAACCUACACAAUCUCUUAAUAUGUUUGACGAUAAGUCCUCUGUUAUACCUGAAAUAACAGCAACAAUUCAAAAAACUGUUACUUCGACAUUAACAAUUAAUAAGAACCCAGAACCAACACAUGUCGAAGUGUUGCAUCAUGCUGGCAAUGAAAUAAGAAUAUCAGACGAAAUUGUUCCUACUAAGACCGAGUUUAAAACUACAGUAGUAACUCUAACAAAAACUCUUUCUGAACCUCCGAAGACAAUAUCAAGCGUUGGCUAUGUUAAUCUGACACAUACUCUCACUGUCACACAUACGAAAACAAGUCUUGUUAGUCAAUCAGAAGGGGCUGUUACGCAAACUUUAGUUUUGACGAACACCCAUACCUCGACUGUAGUAGACGUAAUAACGGAAAUUUACACACAAGUCCAACCGACCACUAUAAUUGAAACAGUAACAAAACAUAUUCCUAUACCACAAGUUGAAGCCACACCUGUUCAAGAAAUAACUUCAACAAAGGUAUCUCUAGAUGAUAUUUCUAUGUCUUCAGAAGAAAAGGAAAACUUUAUAAUUAAAGAUUCAGAUGCCACAGAAAAUAUUCAAAAGAUUGAGACUGAGGAAGACAAAGACAAUGAGAGCUUCUUUGUAGUUAUGAACAAAUCUCAAAAUGGAGGUAAAUCACCACCAAUAAGCACAGAUAUCGAAACUGGUGACUUUGAUGGAAUAACAAGAAAUGAACAAGUGAACAGCAACGGCGUAUCUCAAGUGCUGUUCGGUGAAAUAUUGUUAGCCGGAACACCUUAUUUGGAGACAACAAACAUUGGCCAUGCCGGAAUUGGUUUCGGUAAAGAAUGUCAGCCAGACUGCAAGGCAUCAAGAAAUGAACGUUGUCAACGGAUUGAUGGUAUGAUGAAGUGCGUAUGUAGACCUGGCUUUGCUAGAAUGUUCCCAGAUCGACCGUGUAAACCAACCUACACAUAUUCAGUAAGCCUGGUCCUAGCAUCGCAAGGUAACAAGCGGCUCAAGUUCCACCCCAACCUAGCAGAUAAUUCUACCAAAGAAUACCACAAUCUUGCUAUAGCUACCCACGAGGGUAUAAACAGAAUGGUGAUGCAAUCAGACUUGAGAGAUGUAUUCCAUGGUGUUCAUAUAACUGGAUUCCAUCCGAUUGAGAUGAAGGCAAAGAAUAAAGAAGUGUACCAGGGUGUUGUUAAUGAUUUCUAUGUACAGCUCUCCGACAAUGCACAUGAAUACAGAUUGAAGGAAGUAAUUGAAAAAUACUUGAGGAAUAACAACUACAGUCUCGGAGGAACCGAAGUGCAUGCGGCAGCUGAUCUAAUCGACAGGCUUAAUGUUAGCGACUUCGACGAAUGCCUCAGCAGCCAAUUCCACGAUUGUUCGGAGCACGCCAAGUGCUUCAACCUCCGGGGCACAUAUACCUGCAGUUGUUUAGAAGGAUUUGCUGAUUUGAGUGUCAACACACUGUAUCCUGGCAGGAUUUGUUCUUCGGAAGCAGUUGGUUGCGACACAUGCAACUACCACGGUACUUGCUUCGACAGAGAGAGUGCUGUCAUCUGCGAAUGCUUCAAGUGGUAUGCUGGAAGGACCUGCCAGAUUAAUCUUAAAGCGGUACUAAUAACAGUGACAGUCAGCGGUCUCCUCAUAGUAGCGGCGGCGACAAUCUACGCGUCACGGCGCUGCUGCGCGCCGCGCUCGCCGGCCACACAGACGUUCGUGAUUGGCUGCAUGCAGGGCAUGCCGGGGCUGCAUCAGGGUAACAUGCCAAAACAGAGAGCUGAUCGACGAGCACUUAUAGCUGAGCGGGAGACUGCGGAGACUUGUAGCGUUCAGAAUGCUUCUCUGCCUUACAUACCAACAAAGCAACGUUCCCGCGCCAGCAAUAAGAUCGCGAUGUCGGAGCCCCCCGCGCACUCCCCGCCGCCGCCCCCCGCGCCCGCCGUGCUCAUCCCCCGCGCUCGCCUGCACCCGCACAGCGAUAGCCGCGACAACCUUUCCCGAAAGAAGAGUCUAGAAGCAUGUGCUGAGGCGAAAUUGAUCAGUUAUUUAGAAUCCGGUGCAACUAAUGUUACUGAAGAGAUGAGAAGAAAGCAUAGUUUAGAAUCGUCAUAUAGCGCUAACAAGGAUCGACAUAAUAAACAAGGUGCGUUAGUAUCGGCUGGAUUUAAAGUAUCAACAACGGUCCGUCCUGAAGAUGGAAUGAAGGAAGAUGACGCUUCUUCGAUAAACAAGACUGACGUUGAUGGACAACUAUCGAGAUUUGAUACUUUAAGGAAAUCUUAUUGCCAAGACGACAAUAUGUCUGAAUGGACGGACGCUGAGCGUCGUUUGGGAGAGUUAACGCUGUCGGAGGCGCGGUCGGUGGGCGGCACGCUGCCCGCCAGCACGGGCCGCGCUGCGUCCUCCACACGACUUACACAUCAGGAAGUGAACACGAUGGCCGAACGGGACCUGGGCUCCACCUUCCUCCUGCCUCACGUGCACCUUUAUAAACCUGAUCCUACUAGCGACGUAUCCGAGUUCGACUCUCUAUGAAGGAACAAACAUUAGACUGAAGAAUCUGUAUUAUUUAUUUAUUUAACUUAUUUUCACUUAGAUAUCUAAUAUCCAUCAACUCGAGGCUUCAUCACCAAAACUAUUUAUUUAUGCUAGUUUUAAUCAUUUUUUUCCAGUGAAAAAUCUUUCUAUAUUUUGAUUGAUUAGUAAUGAUGUAUAUAUUUUCAUACAAAAUGUAGAAUGCCAUAAUAUAUUUAAGAUUCAUUAGAUUUAAGAAAUGAAAGCAAUUUGAAGAAGAGAUCGAAUAAAGAUCUCUUAUUUGAAGAGUUUUCGUUUAAAUUAUUUAUUGUGCAACGAAAUGUGCCAAUAUUAACGGAAUUAUUAUUAAUGAUAUAACGAGAAGGUAGUGGGUUCGAAUCCCAUCGCAAGUAAAAUUAAUAGGAUUUUUGAAACAUUUCUUUCACUUCUUUCUUUUGUAUUGUAGAGGCUAGAUCAGUGUAUAUAGAUAAUAUUUAUUAAUUAUUUAUGUAUAUUAUAUGUAAAUAUUCUACGUAAUAUUAGAGUGUUUUAGUUAUUUUCAUCACUGGUCCUGAUUAUUGAAACUUUCCCAGUUAAUAAAUUAUUUAAAUUAACUGCUAUUGGCCUCCAAUAAUAAUAAUUAUUCUAAUUAAAUAAUCAAACCCUGUCCUUUCCUUUUUAUUAUCUAUGAA